GAUAAUAAUUGGUGUCGUCGGAGGGGGAUUCCUAGUUUGCCUUAUAACUUGUCUCCUCCUCCUCCGGAAGCAGAUGAUGCAAAAAGGGCAGAAAAAAGUGGUGGAUAUUCAAGGAGCAUCGGAACUGCGCGGACCUGAAGAUUUUGACUUCAAGGCACUGAAAAAGGCGACUAACAAUUUCGAUAAAGCAAAUAAGCUCGGAGAAGGAGGGUUUGGUGAAGUAUUUAAGGGUACGUUGAAAACUGGCAAAGUUGUGGCGGUUAAAAAACUGACAUUAGGUCGUUCUGCUUUCGCAACUUCUGAAUUCGAAAGCGAAGUGAAACUCAUUUCUAAUGUUCAUCACAGAAAUCUUGUGCGUUUACGUGGAUGUUGCAGACAAGGACAAGAAAGACUGCUGAUUUAUGAGUACAUGCCGAAUAGCAGUCUUGACAGAAUAUUAUAUGGAAAAAAUAAAAAACUUUUGAGUUGGAAGGAAAGGUUCAACAUUAUCCUGGGCACUGCUCGUGGUCUGGCUUAUCUACAUGAGGAAUUCCAUGUUUGUAUCAUCCAUCGUGAUAUUAAAUCCAGCAAUAUAUUACUUGACGACAACUUUCAGGCGAAAAUAGCAGAUUUUGGUCUGGCAAGACUUCUUCCAAAUGAUAAAAGUCAUAUUAGCACAAGAUUUGCAGGAACCUUAGGAUACGCGGCUCCUGAAUACGCUACCCGUGGGAAAUUAACAGAGAAAGUUGACACCUUUAGCUUUGGUGUCGUUGUUCUUGAAAUUGUCAGUGGUAGAAAAUGCAUUGACUUGAAGCAACCACCUCAUAUGCAAUAUCUGCUUCAAUGGGUUUGGAGCCUAUACGAAGAUAACAAGGUUUUAGAAGUGGUGGAAAGUGGAAACCAGAUGGAAGGGUAUAGUGAGGAAGAGGUGAUGAGGGUGAUAAACCUUGCGCUUCAAUGCAUACAAGCCUCUGUCAGUCAUAGGCCAUCAAUGUCUGAGGUCGUGACAAUACUCUUCAGUAAUGAUGAGAUUGAUUUUCAAAAACCUUUGCAACCAGCCCUCGUAGAUGGAGAAAGUUUGGCUUAUGGCACACCUUCAUAUCAAUCCAAUGCAACGAUUACGGGAACCCUUAGUGCUCGUUAGCAGUGGCUACUUCUCUUGUUAAUGGGCACAUACAGACUACCAAGGAUGGAUAUAUUGUUAAAGAUAUA